CUCUCCCUUCUCUUCCUCCCUCCCUCCUUCCCUCCCUCUCCCUCUCUCUCUUUCCUCUCCCUUUCCCUCUCCUUCUUCCCCUCUUCUGUCUCUUAGCUUCCUAACAUUAAAGAGAAAAUGCUGCUAUCAGUGACUUCCAGGCCUGGGAUUUCGACUUUUGGCUAUAACAAGAACAACAAGAAGCCAUAUGUGUCAUUGUCUCAGCCAAUGGCACCACCUAGUCCAAGCAACAGUACCCCUAACAGCAGCAGUGGGAGCACUGUAAAUGACCAGCUGAGUAAAACCAACCUCUACAUCCGGGGAUUGCAGCCAAGCACUACCGACCAGGACCUAGUCAAGUUGUGUCAGUCAUAUGGCAAGAUUGUCUCCACUAAGGCCAUACUGGACAAGACCACAAACAAAUGCAAAGGCUAUGGCUUUGUGGACUUUGACAGUCCUUCAGCAGCACAGAAAGCUGUAACAGCACUGAAAGCCAGUGGUGUGCAAGCACAGAUGGCAAAGCAACAGGAGCAGGACCCCACAAAUUUAUACAUCUCAAACCUCCCGCUGUCAAUGGAUGAGCAAGAACUGGAGGGAAUGCUGAAGCCCUUUGGCCAGGUUAUUUCCACUAGAAUCCUUCGAGACACCAGUGGGACCAGCAGAGGGGUUGGCUUUGCAAGGAUGGAGUCCACAGAGAAGUGUGAAGCCAUCAUCACCCACUUUAAUGGAAAAUAUAUUAAGACACCCCCUGGAGUACCAGCCCCAUCUGAUCCCUUGCUUUGCAAAUUUGCUGAUGGGGGUCCAAAGAAACGACAGAACCAAGGAAAAUUUGUGCAAAAUGGACGGGCCUGGCCAAGGAAUGGAGACAUGGGUGGUAUGGCCUUGACCUAUGACCCCACCACAGCUCUUCAGAAUGGGUUUUACCCAGCUCCUUAUAACAUCACCCCCAACAGGAUGCUUGCUCAGUCUGCACUGUCCCCGUAUCUUCCAUCUCCUGUGUCUUCAUAUCAGAGAGUAACUCAGACAUCUCCUCUACAAGUACCUAACCUGUCUUGGAUGCACCACCAGUCAUACCUCAUGCAGCCUUCAGGUUCAGUUCUGACACCAGGAAUGGAUCAUCCUAUUUCUCUCCAGCCUGCCUCCAUGAUGGGACCUCUUACCCAGCAACUGGGCCACCUCUCGCUCAGCAGCACGGGCACAUAUAUGCCAACAGCUGCGGCUAUGCAAGGAGCAUACAUCUCCCAGUACACCCCUGUGCCUUCUUCCAGUGUUUCAGUUGAGGAGAGCGGCAGCCAGCAAAAUCAAGUGACGGUGGAUGCUCCCUCAGACCAUGGGGUCUAUUCUUUCCAGUUCAACAAGUAACAGUGGAGGGUCUUCCUUCAACAGCUGAGAUGGACCUGAGAGCUCUUACCACCCGUCUCGUCUUUGCUGAAUUCUGCUGCACCUCCCUAGGGGUGGUCGCCACAUGACUGUAGUAAUGAGAAAGCUAGGUGCCCUCUCACCCCAGUUACCACUGCUCCUUCUCCCUCGCAUGUCCAUGUCUGUUUUGAAUGAACCUUCAUUCUCCAGGUGUAUCCCAGAACUUUCUUGUCUUUGUUAAAGACCUACCUCACGGUUUCACAAUUCAACACGGGCAUAAGCACCUGGUUUACUUCUUUCCUUCCUUUACUCGGUCCCUCCCUUCAUGAGGGUUAGGGAGAUGGGGGCUACAAAGGGCUCAUGAUCAAAUGCAAAAUCUCUUUUGGUUCUGUUUCUGGAAGGUCUUCUUUGAGAUUUUUACCUCAUUUAUCACCCUAGAAUAGUGUGAACUCUUCAGUUAGGUCUUGCUGUGGUAUGCCAGAGGGAUAGGCUGAGUAACGACUGCUUAGAAUAUUAAUUAAUGCUUGGAAGCCACCCCCAGGAACACCAACAUGGGAGCAGAGCUCAGAACUUGAGAGGAUAAGAGUUUGCCAGUGGCUGCCGUUAGCUGAGAAGGUAAACAUGCACCAAAGAGGGCAUCUGGGAUUUUUAUGGGCUGAAAGCAGAGAUGUUCCUUCACCUAUUCUAGUUAGUUUAGAGGGUCACCAAAACAAAACUUCCAGCCUGGAGUGUGAUAAGCUUUCCUAGCCUGAGUAAAGAAAAGUUCUCGCCCCAUUACUGGUGUCCACAUACCCCAACACACACAUUUUUUUUUUGGGUGGCAAGUGCUCUCUAGCAUGCACUUAUCACCUUGGACAGGAAAUAAGUUUAAUUUAUACUCAAAACACAUUUUGUACAUUUUUUCUUUAUCCAGAGGUUUCCAGAUUUAUACUCUUGCCACGUCUGUGCCAAUGCUAUCCAUUCUUCUUUUUCUGACUCUUGGUAUUCACUUGUUCCUUCCCUACAAUUGGGUAGAACUUUGUCUUAUUUCAACUUUUGAAAUAAAACACAAAAGGCUACCUCGUGGUGUCUUAUCCAUGAUUGGAAGCUGGGAAGGUGGUGAUGAGCACAUAUAUUUGCUAUAAUGGGAACACAGGUGGCAGCUUAGGAAGCCAAGGCCAUGUCUCACAAGGCAGGAACUAGGGACACUUGAAUCCUUUGUUGUAGCACCUCAGCCAGGAGCACCUGUUCCACCCACAUAAGCACAGAUUCUGCCUUGGAUGCCUCUUGCACAGGAAGGGCCAAGCUUGGAGGUUCAGAGAUAAACCUUGAAGUUUAGGGGCAUAUUUCUCCCCGGCCUGUGGUCUCCUACAUCAUCAAACCAGUCAUACUCACCCUAACACCCAGCCUUCACCUUUAGGCAAGUAUGAAAACCUAUGUUGAAGGAAGAUAAAUACAGACUCUUUUGAAUCUCUAUCAAAUGUGGUUUUUAUUCAACUGACAAGCACUUUUCUACAGCUGCACUUGUGGAACAUCACAUGGCAAAAACAGGAGUUUUUUUCUCUAGACUUUUUUUUUCCUUUUUUUACCUUAUUAAAAAUGAGAUUGGUCCUAAAAAUAUAGAAAGAAAUAAAUUUAAAUUCACAAAAAACUGUACAUUAUCAAAAAGUCACUAAAACACCACAUUUGGUUAUAUAAAAAGUCAAGUCCCUUUUGUUGUAAAAGGAACAUGGAAACUUGUUGGUGUUGAUGGUGUGGUUUCUUCCUGUUACCAGACUGAUAGGGGAGGGGAAACAAAAGGGGUAGGGGUGGGUUUUAUUUACUUUUUUAACUUGCCUUCCCUAUCAAAUACUCCUCUUAUUUGUCAAGAAGAGAAAAUCCACCUAGCUCAAGGGGCAGUGAAGAUGAGGAAAGAAAAGUGAGAAACGGCCCCCCUUUGGUCAUGCCCUCCCCCCGCCCCCCAUCAACCCUCACUUCAAAUUGAGGCUAGGACUCCACCCCACCUUAAGAGUGCCUGGUCCCUAGGGAAAGAGAUGGAGCUGGGAGAGGAACACAGAACAGGAACAAUCAAGAUUUCACUCCCCCGUCCACCUAACCUCCAACAGUAGAAUUAAUCUAGAACAUUUUAUAUAGCAGGGUAAGACUGCCGUGGGGAAAAGAAGAGCCCCCAACUACAAGUUCCAAAUGUCUGACUAACACAAAGUUUGUUACAGCGCAGUUAUUUAGAUAAAAUAUAAAUAUUUAUGCAUAAUAUAAAGUCAAUUCAAAUAUUCUUCAAUCCACCUCUUAUUUAAAAGCAAAAAAAAAAAAAAUCUCAAAUAAAAUUAAAAGUUCUGAGGUUUAUCUGACAGAAAAGGCGACUUUAGAAAUAGGCUAUGGGGGAGAAGGGGCAUAAAGGAAUAAGAAAGGGGCUGCCCCGGGACCUGUACUGCCCCUUCACCCCCUUCAGUGGCUAUUCAGUGCUGCCAAAAGCACAAGGAAUGCUCCCCUCACCUGGCACCCCUCUCCCACCAAUGGAACACUUCUUGGAUGCCUCAGCUCUCUGCUUGGACCAGCCAGCAGCCACCUCCCCAGUGCAAGUACCCGUAAUCUCUGAUGGGAGGGGCUCUGCUGAGCAGGAAAGCAGGGGCCAGGGGCCCAUGGCUACAGCUGGGAGUUAGCAGCUUUCCUCUCACAGGUUGGGGCUUAACUUGGGCACAGUCACAUGUAGGGCAGUGGUGGACCCAGAACCUCUCCUCCCUACUCUCCUGUGUUCUGGGGUCUCUGCUACUGGGGAAGGGGUCCCAGGAUAUGAAGUAGAUAAGGGAAGGAAAGCACUACUAAACCCACAGAAGCUCAUGGGAUUAGGAAGAGAUCCAGUUCUACCCCUCUCCCUGCAAAAGCUUAAGACUCAGAGCUACUGAAAGGAGAGGGAGUUCCUGCUGAAAGAUUGCACAGUUUGAAGAGGCUGGAACAGAAAUGACUGGGAGAGAGGGGAGAGACACAGCCUUGUACCCAGAAAAACUGUUCCUGUGGUUUCCCAAAGACAAAGUGAUGGUGUGAAACAAUGGGAAAGGUGUUUCAAUGGUUGGAAACAAUGGAAAACAGAUACUUGGGGGGAAAAACUGAAUGGAUGCCACCAAACAAAAUAGGGGCACAAUCACAGCAUCCUCUCACUCACUCACUCUCUCACACACACACACCUCUCUCUCUCUCUCUCAGGCCAGUCGAUUGCUACCUGGCCUCCAUCUUGGGGGUGUGCCCAAACUCAGCAGUAGUAGUCCCUGAGGAGUUCCCAAGAAGGAGGUUUGGGUAAGAGGUGGGGAAGGAGGCUGGAAGGCCCAGGGUUCAGGAUGCCUCCCUGCCCUCUCCCCAGUUUGCUAAGUUUCAGAAAAGGCUAGAAACUCAGCAUUUGAGGAGUAUCCAACAUUACAGAGGGACUAGCUAUUGGCAGGAAGAUGAGGACAGAGAGAAAGACAGGGACCUCUGAACUUCUUUUUCCUUUGAAGGGAAAAAAGAUUUGGGGGAAAAGGAUGGAGGAACCCGUACACAACAGUUUUACAUUACUGGAUGAGAGAAAAUCUGAAAAGGUGGCAGGGGGAGGGACUGAGAGAGAGAAAGUGAAAAGCGGGGGAGGGACUGAACAUGGAAGCAGCAUGUUCAGGGCCCGGUGUCCGGCUCGACACACUUGGGAGUUAAGUCCACUUUACUGGCCGUCACUGCGGGUCCACACACAGUACAGAGUGUUUCUUGGUUUCACACAUUCACUAGAACUAUUGCUAUUGUUAAAUAGCCCCAGAAUGCUGGGGCAUGUACAGGGAAGGUGAGAAAGCUGGGAGGAGGAAGUAGGGGCUUCUUUCAUCCUCCUCCUCUUUUUUAAUUAGGAAAUAAAACAGAAAGGAAAAA